CAUGACGUCAUGAGCCGGAGCAUCUACCUAGCUCUACCAACUAACGGAUGACAGUUGGGUCGCUGCCUACUCGCUUUCCUUCGCUUUAACUCGUGGAAACCAACUUCAAGUCUCGUUUCGGUUGAAUCGCGGAUCCCUUUCGACCGCCGUUUUCUAAAAUCAGCCAUGGCGUGCGGAGCAACGCUGAAGAGGACCAUGGAUUUCGACCCGCUCAUGAGUCCAAACGCUCCUAAAAGACGAAGAUGUAUCCCCGUGUCCCAGUCCUCUUCAUCGCCUAGGAAGUACCUCAGCAUGGAGCCGUCGCCAUUUGGAGAGUCGUCGUCUAGGCUUAGCGCAGAACAAAUCCUCCACAGCAUAAAGCAGGAGUACAAGCGUAUACAGAAGAGGAAGCAUCUGGAUGGAGGCUACCAACAACCAGAGUGCUGUUAUUCUCCUGAGUCCCCUUCACAGUCGUCUGCUGUGAUCGUGUCCCCCAUGUCAGGGUCGUCCUCUGGUGGCGUCUCACCCACCAGGCGAGAGCAGCCGUUAUUCACCCUCAGACAGGUGGGCAUGAUCUGCGAGCGCUUGCUGAAGGAGCGGGAAGAGAAGGUGCGAGAGGAGUACGAGGAGACGAUGACGUCAAAACUGGCAGAACAGUACGACACCUUUGUCAAGUUCACACACGACCAGUUAAUGCGGCGAUUCGGGGAGCAACCUGCCAGCUAUGUUUCCUGAACAUUCCUCUCCUGCUGCAGUCGUCGUGGCAUUUCUCACAAGAGCAAGUCUGAGAUCCAGUUACGCAGUUUAUAUGAAAGUUUUCUUACAGUGCCAUAUUUCUGUCUAAUGGACAAGUUUCUAUGAAGCUAUCAUGAGCAACUCGGUGCUUCCUCGUGUACAUAUGACAGACCCCAUUUCAAACAGUGGCCUCAGUUCCUUCAUCAACUUUUGUAAAGAUUCCCAGCAUUCCAGGCUCUCUUCUGUUUGUUACAUGUAAAUAUGAUCGAGCGGAGCAGGAUUUUACAGGAGGUUUGCUGGUCAAUCUUUGGAGGCGAUGGAACAGGGAAUGUUUGCAGUUUUGUGUCAGUUCAAUGCAGAAUGGACAGUUUUUUUUCCCUUUUUAUUUAUUUUAACUUUUACUUUUAUCACUUUAAAAUGUACUGACCUGAACAAAACAAUAAAAAUCUUUGAAGCGUUCAUA